UUCUUCCAACCAUACUAUGUUCGGUGACUCCAUUCCAAGUCCUUGUGAUCGAACUCUAUUUUGUCAGGAAACAUCCCUUUGCUGCAUUUGAAUCUGAAAGCUGUUUCACAACUGAGCUGAAUAAGGUUUCAGGAGGAAUAAGUCUUUGCAACUUACUUGAGUUCCGCUCCCGUAGGACUAAUCAGAAACUGACCACAAACCGAAAUCGUAUCCAUUUUUCGCGUCUCCGCACACCACGAAGCGAAGCAUGCCCAAUCUAGAAACUUCUACUCAGUAUUGAGAGCCCUCUAGCGCAGGAAAUUAGCAAUAGCACCCACUGAUUCAAACAAACCUCUCAUCACCUCCAAUGGCGAAGCUCCAAAGCAUUAGGUCGCCUUCACAUGCGCCCGUGAAGGAAUCCAGUCACCUUUUACAGUAAGCAUCAUGUGCAGCAACAAUACAUUAUUCAAGAACUGCGGCUACAAAUAUAGAAUCGCACCCUGAGCACACCAUCAGCCACCAGGAACACAAGCUUGAUCGGUGAUUACUGAUCAGCAAUGGCCUCGAACAGAGUCCUUGCACUUGCCGUUCUUGUGGUGCUAGUCUCUGCAGGCGUUGCAAACUGCAGGCCGGUGAGGAGCAAUCUGGGCCUCGGCAUUGGCGCCGGCGGAGGCCUCGGCAUUGGGCUUGAUCUUGGGUUGGGUGGUGGUGCUAGCUCGGGCCAGGGAUCGGGUCCAGAUGGUGGUUCGUACGCCACAUCUGGUCGUGGGUCGGGCACGGGUUCUGGGUUUGGUUACGGCUCCGGCUCCGCCUAUGGAGGAGCCGGGAAUGGGGGCUCUGCCUCUGGUUGUGGCUCGGGCACAUCAUCUUGCUCGGGGUCGGGCUCGGGCUCGGUCGGCUUAGGCACAUCUAUCAACGUCGGUGUUGGUGUUGAUGUAAAUGGUGGAACUAAUGGUGGUGGAGAUUGUAAUACCGGCCCUGGCUCAAACUAUGGUUCUGGCUCGGGCUCGAGCUCUGCGUCGAGCGGAGGCUCAUACCGUUCGCGUGGGCGUGGGUCUUCCAAUGUUGGUAUGGGUUCGGGUUCAGGGGUUGGUUUAGGUGGAUCCAUUGGGUUUAGUGGCGGGUCUAAUGUUGGGCCAAGCGGUGGAUGCUCGAAUUGUGGGUCUGGGUCUGGGUCGGGCUCGGGACCAGCUGGUGGCUCUGGCUCAUCCGCCAGCUCCGGCUCUGGGUCUGGCAUGAGCGCAGGCUCAGGCUUCGGUGCAUCUGGUUCUGGUUCGAGCUCUAUAGCCGGAUCAGGCUCGUCAUCCGGCUCUGUAGGAAUGUCCUACGGCUCCUCAGGUUCGGGUUCGUCGACGUCGAGUGGAGCGAGCAGUGGCUCCAACUCAAACUCGGGCUCCGUGUCGGGUGCAAACUCAGGCACCGGCUCAAGCUUCGGCUCAUUCAGCGCGUCAGGCAGUGGAUCAAACUCCAUGUCCAUGUCUAGCUCGGUGUCAGGCUCUGGGUCCAACACCGCAUCUGGCUCGAGCUCGUGGUCUGGCUCUAGCUCCAGCGCGGGAUCCAACGCUGUGUCUGGCAACGUGGCUCAAGCAGGCGCAGGUUCGAGCUCCGAAUCGGGCUCGUUCUCCGGCUCGAACGCCGGCUCAAACUCGAACUCGGGCGUAUGGUCCAACUCCAACUCCGGGGCUAGUUCGACUACGUUAUCCGGCUCAGGACCCGACUCCGAUGCCAGCUCUAACGCUGGCUCGAGCUCCUGGUCCGACUCUGGAACAAACUCGGGCUCCUUCUCCGGUGCCGGGUCGUCGAGCUGGUCGAGCUCGCCGUCUGGCUCGACAUCCGGCUCAGGUUCUGGGUUCGGCCAGGGCUUUGACGCGGGCCAAGGGUUCGGAGGCGGGUUUGGGCCUGGAGCCCGCCCGGAAGGCUUCGGCAUGGCCGCAUGGGCGGUGGCGGAGGGUUUGGAGCCGGGUACGGGUUCGGUGCCGGAGCCGGCGGUGGGAACGCCGGUUGGGCUAAGAAGCACCAUUAAGCUACGGAAACGUGAAGUGUUGUUGGUCCAGGGAAUAAGGUUGUGUAUGUAAAAUGGCACUUACCCACCGUGUGUCGCCACUGUUGUUCUUUCGGCCUCGUAACCAAAUGUGAAUGAAGUGUCAUCGUGAGUGGAGAAGAAAAGCUGGACUCCUUUGGAAAGGAAAA